CAUUGCAGAUGAUUGCUUGUUUUGUUGAGGCAGUUUUGCCUUGCUUUUCCUUGAAGCUAGGCUUUUGUGGGUUGAAAAUAUGAGUAAAUGGGUGAAGUCUGCAUUUCUUCCUUUUCACACAAAAUGUACAUAAGAUUGCCAGUAAAACUGUUUUUGACUUUCUGUGAAAGAAUACAUAUUUCUUUACCAUAGCUUUGUAGUACUGAUAGGUGCUUCAGCUGUUUGUCACUGUACUUCGCCAGGCUAUAUCUGGAUGAACAACAAAUGAUUCCAGCUCCUAAGAUAUAGUAACCUGCAGUCAGAUCCACAAAGGGGUUAAAAGUGAGACAGCCCUAUCUUUUACUUCAGUGGAAGCGUAGUUGUUGAUUUAUAGCUCUCAGUAAAUGAUUGCUGGAGAUCUGCCAUGUGUAGCAGAGCAUUCAGAAAGCACACCACAGACUCUGCUUCCUCUUGAAGAGCAUUUGUCAACAUCACACUUUAACUGCAGUCUUUUAAGGUACUAGCAGGCAGGCAAAACUCACUAGCCAGCAGUCAUGGAAGAUCAGGUCUUUACCAAUGUUUAUCAAAACGUUAAUAACACCAAUAUCUAUGAGAUUCAGGACUCUAAAGAAGACAAAAGGGAUAAUCUUUAUGAUCAUGCCCAUGAAGAUCCAGCAUCUCCUUCUUCCAUCACUACUCUCCCAGAGAGCAUGGAUAGUAGUCAGGACAGCUCAGAAGAUAGCUGUAGUAAUUCUGUGGCCUCUCAGCAUGGGGCUGAUGGGGAGCAUGGUUCUUCUUCAUCUCACCAUGGUGCUGAAGAAGACCACCCAUACCAGGAGAUGGAUCUGAUGAGCCCAACUCUGGAAGAUAAACAUGUAGAGGGCAUGAUGUUUAAGAGCAACGUGCAUUUUCCUCUGGAUUUCCAGUUGCGUCGGAGCCGGAGCACUUCUUCCAACUCUCCAACUUCCCUCAAGUUCCCUCUUAACAAUAACUUUGGAGAAACUGACAACUUUCAGGAAGAUUGUGAGAUUUUCAUGUUUGUAAAGGCAGGGAUAGAUGGAGAAAGCAUUGGGAACUGCCCGUUCUCGCAGCGUCUCUUCAUGAUCCUCUGGCUCAAAGGAGUUGUGUUCAACGUCACCACUGUUGACCUGAAAAGAAAGCCAGCUGACCUACACAAUCUGGCUCCUGGGACUCACCCACCUUUCUUGACUUUUAAUGGAGAAGUCAAGACAGAUGUCAACAAGAUUGAGGAAUUCUUGGAAGAGACUCUCGCACCUCCAAAGUACCCCAAGUUGGCUGCCAAGCACCGCGAAUCAAACACUGCUGGAAUUGAUAUCUUUUCCAAAUUUUCUGCAUACAUCAAAAAUACCAAGCAGCAGGAUAACGCUGCCCUUGAAAAAGGCUUGGUGAAGGCUCUGAAGAAGCUGGAUGACUAUCUGAGAACCCCUCUGCCAGAGGAGAUUGAUGCAGACAGCACUGAAGAGGAGAAAGUGUCUAAACGCAAGUUUCUGGAUGGAGAUGACCUGACCCUUGCUGACUGCAAUCUUCUGCCCAAGCUCCAUGUUGUCAAGAUUGUUGCAAAGAAAUACCGCAACUUUGAGUUCCCAACAGAGAUGACAGGGCUGUGGCGGUACCUGAAGAAUGCGUAUGCCCGGGAUGAAUUCACCAACACCUGUGCAGCUGACAAAGAAAUAGAGCAAGCUUACGCAGAUGUGGCCAAGCGGCUCAGCAAGUCCUAAAUGACCUCAGUGGUGGCUCAGUAUCCCCUUUUACAGACUCUUCUCCUUAUUGCCUUAAGAUAUACUUUGUCGUUAUGCUAUCUGGUUGGCAUCCCUAUGACUUCAUCUGUUCAAGUGUAUUGGUCGGGGCAAAUCUGCUUCUCCCUGGAGAAAAGAGAAGGCAGCUCUAGUGUGGGGCGUGAAGAUCCUUUGAAAUCUGAACCUAAGAUCUUGCUCAAUUAGUAUUAUUUGCAAUCAGUAUUUGAAAUGAGUCCACUUUACUAGUUUCUUUUUUCAUGUUGGGGUAUAUCACCGCCUGUAUUCUUUGGAGUUUUAAAAAUAGGAUAUUAGCUGAAUUUUCAGGAGUUAGUAACACAUAGAACUGGUUCUUCUGUAGGCUAUUUCAAAGACGAUUUUUCCCCCUGUGCUGUUGAGAUCCUUGGGGCAGGAGCAAAAGCUGAGAGGAGUAAGGGGGAAAAGACUAUGACCCUAAAGAAGAAAUGCUUUUAUCAGUUAUAUUUAAAAAAACCAACUCUCGGACUGCAUAUUGUCUCUUAGCAGGCCCAAGAGUUUAUAGGGUAUUUAUUUUUAACUUGGCACAAGAGGGGGAAGCCUGAGCGAGUAUGUCAGACUUGCAGAUGUUACUUUGCAUUGAAUUUGCAUGAUAUUGUUGGAUCUGAAUGUUUAAAACAAAAGAGAGUGAACAAGCAAUUGAGUGGGCAGCCCUUGGAAGAGCCCACUGGAUCUGCCAGUUGGUAGAGACACGCAGACACAGCAAUAACAGGGGCAGCAUAUUGUCUCCAGUGACUGUACAGGGAAUUGGCACAGCUAACCAAACCAUGUAGGAUAUUGUCAUCUUGACUGUGUGGUUGCCAGUUCCUUUAUGAUUGCUAUCUUGGGAAACUUGGAUAGGCAGGAGAAAGCUGUCACUGCACAUGAAUUCCAAGCAGGGGAGUCAUUUUCUUUGCAUUGGGCUCCAGAUGGGUCACUUUCAAGCACUCAUCAUCUCACCCUGGGAGAAGUUUGGUCUGAGAGCCUCAGAGAGGGCAGGCUAAAGCAGAAUGAGGCACAUUUCCAUCCAGAAAUUCCACAAGUAUGCUAGCCAAAAUCCAUGCAUGAUGCCUUAGUCCCAUUCAUCCAGGGUUUACCCAUCCAAGUUACAUGAUUCUGAAUUAGGAUUAUUUUCUCAAACUGAUUAUUUGUUCUGUCUGUAGCACCUGCAUGGCACAAUCUGUUUUAUAUGAGUGGUUAUUUGCACCUUACUUUAGCAAAUUCAGAAUGACAGAUCUUUUGCAUGAAAUCCAACUGCCCUGAUACGUACAACAGUGCAUAUGGCUCUCGAUUUUCAGUUUGGGGAAAUUUAGCCUUGUUUUCAAGGAUAAAAUAAAGUUAAGCUGUGAUGCAA